AGGCAGUGUUGAAUUAGUUUAACUCUGCAUGAAUGGAAAAGUUUGAGAGACACAACACGAGUUUAUAAUUAUAUCAUAACUAUUUACACAUUUCGAAAGUGAAAGUAUUGUUCAUGUUUAAGAGAGUGAGCGCACUGGAGAAAGAUCAUUGUGAGCUUUAUCCUCCUCAUGGUGAAGACAAACAGAGCUGGAUGAUGGGUGCUGUUAAUGUUGUACUACUGGUCCUGCUGGUUUGGACUUUCACUGCUGUCUGUGAGGAUGAUGAUGAUAUCAUAAUUAGCUGUGAAGUUGUGACUGCACCUGUGGGAGAUGAAAUAAAUCUCGCCUGCAAUGUCUCUUAUCUGAAACAAAACUGCUACACGACCAUGUACAAGUUUACUGAUACAGCAGCAGCUGGUGAUAUCUGUAAAGAGCAGUUCAGCAAGGAUCUCCUUAAACAAGAGAGACGUUUCUCAUGUCCUUACACUGCAGAUAAAGCCAUGACAACAAGAUUCCAAUUCUAUUUACAAAGCACAUGUGGAGGAGAAUACACAUACUUCAGUGUGAACACAACAGAUAUCAAAAUUAACUGUGAAGAUGUGACCGCACCUGUGGGAGAUAAAAUAAAUCUCACCUGCACAGUCUCUUAUCUGAACCAAAUCUGCUACACGACCAUGUACAGGUUUACUGAUACAGCAGCAGCUGGUGAUAUCUGUAAAGAGCAGUUCAGCAAGGAUCUCAGUAAACAAGAGAGCAGAGUUUCAUGUCCUUACACUGCAAAAAAACCCAUGACAACGAAAUUUAAAUUCUAUUUACAAACCACAUGUGGAGCAAAGACAACAUACUUCAGUGUGAACACAUCAGAUUUCAUAAUUAACUGUGAAGAUGUGACUGCAAGUGUGGGAGAUGAAAUAACUCUCAACUGCACAGUCUCUUAUCUGAACAAAAAAUGCUGCGUGAAGAUGUACAAGUUUAUUAAUACAGAAGCAGCUGAUGACCCAACAAUCUGUAGAGAGGAGCUCAGUAGUGAUUCCUGUAAACAAGAGAGCAGAUUUUCAUGUCCUUAUAAAGCCAUGAGAGCAAAAUUAAAAUUCUUUUUGCAAACCAACUGUGGAUUAUACACAAAAUUAUUCACUGUAAAUGAAGCAGGUGCUGUUAAAGUUUUCACAGAUGAACCUCCUGUGCAAACAACAGAUAACACAACGAUUGCUGUCGUCAUUUGUCUCUUGAGCUGUUUCGUCAUUGUGAUCGUGGCAUUGUUUCUCUGGAAGAGACGGAAGACGUCUAGACAUCCACCAGAUUAUAAUAUGGUUGCACGUGAAAAUAACAUCAAUGAACAUUCAGAUAGAGAAGCAUUGUAACAACAGCAUCACAUCAACCUAAUAUUUAUGUUACAGGAUUAUGAGUCUUUGAUUGUAUGAUAUAAAAGGACUAAAGCUCCGUUUUAUAUUUCUGUGAAAUAUGGUUGUUGUUGAUCUGUUUUAUCAGAUUGUAUUGUAUAUACAGCUUAAAUGUAAAAUGACUUAUUAAGAUGCACAGACCAAACUAUGUUUGCUUGUAUUUCUCUAAUUUAUUCAAUGCUUUAUUCUCUGCAUUUGGCGUUGGUAAUAUUAACUUCUGUUUUUGACACUUUCUGUAUCUUUAAACUAAUUUUAAUAAAAUGUACCGAAAUGUUCUCAUGA